UUCGACUCAGUGAAGCCGAAAGGAAUUUGGCACCGAUUGUUGGAGAUGAAGUACGCCCUCCUUAACCUGUUAUCAGGGAAGCCCUUUAUGAUGAUGCCUUAAUGUACGGGGCAUCAAGAAUGAGAAAUCCAUCCUCUGAAUCAAACUCAUUAAUUGCUUUUCGUAAUUUUGAUGAAGAAAUGAAACGCCCUGGGGUUUGGGAAUCAGAGCAAGGUGUUGCAUCAGGAGCAGAUAAUGCUCGGGAUAAUCUGGCCUCCUUAUAUCGACCUCCCUUUCAUAUAAUAUUUCAGGGAUCAUUUGAAAAGGCAAAGGGAACUGCCUCUUCUCAGGACAAAUGGCUCUUGGUAAACUUGCAGUCUACUAAGGAGUUCAGCUCACAUAUGCUUAAUCAAGAUACAUGGGCUAAUGAAGCUGUCUCUCAAACGAUCAGUACAAACUUUGUCUUUUGGCAGGUGAUGGUUGAAGUGGUGGUGUUUAAACCUUGAAGAUGUGAUUGGUUCUUAAUGAAUUUUCAAUGUUCAUGAAAUUUCUAGCAUUAAUCUCUGAGGGCA